AUGAAGCACCUCGCAGCUUACCUCCUCCUCACCCUCGGCGGCAACGAGAAGCCCUCCGCCGACGACGUCAAGAAGGUCCUCGACUCCGUUGGAAUUGAGGCCGACUCUGACCGCCUGAGCAAGCUGCUGUCUGAGCUCGAGGGCAAGGACAUCAACGAGCUCAUCUCUGAGGGUAGCUCCAAGCUCGCUUCCGUUCCCUCUGGCGGUGCCGGUGGCGCCGCCCCCGCCGCUGGCGGUGCUGCUGCUGGCGGUGCCGCUGAGGCUCCCAAGGAGGAGGCCAAGGCUGAGGAGAAGGAGGAGUCCGACGACGACAUGGGAUUCGGUCUCUUCGACUAA